AUGCGGCGGCGGAGCCCUCCGCCGCUCUCUCUUCCAACCCGGACUCCCUCAUCGCCUACCCCGCCCGCGCCUCCCUCCGGCGCCUUCGCUUGGGGCGUUCGUUCCGGCACCAGACCUCUACUCUUGCUCGAGCUCGCGUCAGGCGAGUCUCCCUUCUCUCCCCCCCUCCCCCACCCCCACCCCCCGGCCCCCGUUCGCACCGUCCGCGUCGUCGCCGUCAGGAUCCGGAACCCGGGCGGCGCGAUCCUCGUCGAGACGCGCCAGCUCCUCUCCGACGGCUCCGUCCGCGAGCGGCGUCGCCCGCUCUCGGAGAAGAUGAGACCCGGGGAGUCGCCGGAGGAGGCGGCGGCGCGCGCCGUGAGGGAGGAGCUGGGGGAGGGGGCGGUGGUGCGGGUGGCGGAGGGGCAGUGCGAGACGAGGGUGGAGGAGAGGGAGUCAUUGUCGUACCCAGGGCUGAGGGCGCGGUACGUGCUCCACACGGUGGAGGCGGUCGCCGUGGAUGGUUUGCCGAAAGAGGGGGAAUUCGAGACCGAGGAGACAGGGGAAGGGGUCGAGGAAUCGGAGAAUGCGGUCGCAGUUCGGCGGCAUUACUGGAAGUGGGUUGACGACGAUCAACUUUGUGGUUGAUCGAUUUAUGGGCGCGUAAAUUUGCAGUUUCAGAAUAAUUUUGGGUAUUCUCUUUUGAGGUGUUUUCCUCUUCUACUCUCUACUUUAAUUUUUGCUGAAUUUCUUCAUUAAAGUUUGGUUCUACAAUAAUCCCUACACUCUGCAAACAAAGGGCUGGAUAUGGCUGCAUACUUGAUUUAUUAAUUUUUCUCGUAAAUAACAAAUAUGCUCUUUCGUAGUCGGCUAAUCGCCUCUUGGUGGAAAAGUUUAUAAAAAUCUUAGUUUGAUUGAGAGACGUAUGAGAUUUUUAUCUCUUAUGAUCAAUCUUGGUGGCAAAUUUUGGAAGAGAUUGUUACUCGCCAAGAAAAGUAUGCAUUUCAAACCUGUUGUUUUCCUUCAACUUUCCUCAAUCAAACACCUUAAGUGUCUAUAUUAUUAGUAUUAUUGUUAUUGUUUCUUUGGUCUACAGGGGAUUGGCAAAACUGUAAGUAAUAAAAAUGCUCAAUUUUGUUUAAAAUUCUAUCAUUCAUUAAUGAAGUGUAGAACCUAAAGUUCAAUGGAGAGUUUGGCAAAAGAUGAAGUACAAUGCAGAAAGUGAAAACGCCAAUAAAGUUCAAUGUAGUACUGUGUAAUUAAGCUUUUUUUUGGGGUGGCUUGGAUAAGUUAUAUUGUCGGCAUGAUGAGCAUUACUUUACUUUCUUAUAGGGAGCCAUUGUUAUUGGGUGAUUUCUAUCAGUUUUGUUGUUGAUUUGAGAGACGCGUUUCUGAUUUGUCCAAUUUGGUUGUGGCAAUAUAGACAUAUUGGAAGCAAUAUUUUGGUUUGUAGCAACACUGGUUUAUUUAUUUGGUUAUACUUCUGAAUGUC